AUGGCUAUUAAUGGACCGCCGCAUGGAUCGCGUGGGUCUCGGAUGGAUGCUGCCAUGGAUCAAAUGGAGCCGUAUGGGUUCACAAGGACCCAAGUUCGCAAAAGAGUGAAUGAACUCUUAUCUAUUUAUGGUGGACAAAAAUAUUGGACAUUCAUAGAAGAUAACGGAUACAAGGUACUGGUCGAUUCCUUACUAGACGAACAAGAAGAAUCGCCAGUAAGAAGCAACGUUGACGAUGAAAAGGAUACCUAUUCGUUGGAAGAAGGGGAGAUUGACCCUAGAACUAUUGGAGGAGAAAAUGAAGAUAUAAACGAGGAAGAUGCUCAAAGUCAAAACCAAUUGGAAGAGGUGAUGAAUAGAAGCAACAAUCAUGGAAGAGGAAAACGACCACGUCUUCAUGAAAAUAUCAACGAGGAAGCGAGUUUGCGUUUUGAGAAUGACAAAAGGCGAGGAAAGCUUCUCUUGGGGAACACCAUGUCUAGUGGAAGUAGUAGUUACAACGGGAAAGGAGAAAGGAAAAGAACACUUGAUGAGAGUAACAAUGGAGAAGGAGAAGUGAGGAAUACCAUGGAUGAACUAAAUAGAAGCAGAGGACAAGGUUCAUGGGACCAUCACCUGCCGCCGCGUGGAUCGCGUGGGUCUCGGAUGGAUGCUGCCAUGGAUCAAAUGGAGCCGUAUGGGUUCACAAGGACCCAAGUUCGCAAAAGAGUGAAUGAACUCUUAUCUAUUUAUGGUGGACAAAAAUAUUGGACAUUCAUAGAAGAUAACGGAUACAAGGUACUGGUCGAUUCCUUACUAGACGAACAAGAAGAAUCGCCAGUAAGAAGCAACGUUGACGAUGAAAAGGAUACCUAUUCGUUGGAAGAAGGGGAGAUUGACCCUAGAACUAUUGGAGGAGAAAAUGAAGAUAUAAACGAGGAAGAUGCUCAAAGUCAAAACCAAUUGGAAGAGGUGAUGAAUAGAAGCAACAAUCAUGGAAGAGGAAAACGACCACGUCUUCAUGAAAAUAUCAACGAGGAAGCGAGUUUGCGUUUUGAGAAUGACAAAAGGCGAGGAAAGCUUCUCUUGGGGAACACCAUGUCUAGUGGAAGUAGUAGUUACAACGGGAAAGGAGAAAGGAAAAGAACACUUGAUGAGAGUAACAAUGGAGAAGGAGAAGUGAGGAAUACCAUGGAUGAACUAAAUAGAAGCAGAGGACAAGGUUCAUGGGACCAUCACCUGGAAGGAGAGAAAGAGAAAGAGAAAGAGAAAGAAAAUGGGGAGGAGGACGAGAACGAGGAGGAGGAAGACGAGGAGAAGGAAGAGAAUGGCGAGGAAGAGGAAGCCGAGGAGGAGGAGGAAGACGAGGAGAAAGAGAACAAGGCAGAGAAAGAGAAGAAGACAUUAAUCAAUUAG